AUGCUCGCGAUCCUAUCCGCCGUCACCGCCACGCCGCAGUGCCCGCCCGCCGGCUGGGAGACGUGCUCGUCCGCGUGGCCUCCGCCCGCCGACGGCUACUGCUGCUCGGCCGCCGGCUGGCUCGGCAGCACUGCAGCUCACUGCUCCAACAUCAACGCCCUCGACGAGUGCUGCUCGCUGAACGACGAGGGCCGACUUACCUGCGUCACCGAGUGCGAGGAGCCGCCGGCCGUCUGCACAGGGGAUGCCGCCAUCGACGCCGUCCUCCUCGAGAGCAAGAUUGGGUGCAAAAUUGGCCUGAUCGACUCCAACGAGAUUUACAAGUGGUCUGGCUUCUGCGACGCCCUCCGCUCCUUCAACGAUAUUCAGAGCGACCGCCGGCUCUUCCUCGGCGAGGGCGACAUGUCCACCGCCCUCGGCCUCUCCAACAUCGCGGGGCUGCUCGCCCAGGCGAUGUGGGAGAGCGGCGGCGAGGCGCCAUUCACUGCCUGCGACGAGAACGACUACCCGCCCUCCUCGCCGACCGCGUCGUGCACGCAGCGCUCCGACGGCGAGCUCUACCACUCCCUCAACGACCAGCCGUGGGCGUGCUACGUCGAUCCGCAGAUGACCAUGACGGCCGAGACGUGGGCGUCGUGGGCUCCCGGACCGCUCAAGUGCGAGCCAGGCACGGGCACCGAGAAGUGCUGCUGGUGGGGCCGCGGCGCCAUCCAGACGACGGGCCCAAACAACUACGGCCUCCUGCAGCGCGAGGUCUUUUCCCAGGUGCCCUCGCUGAGCGCCAUCGACCUCUGCACCAACCCCGAGGCCAUCUGCCAGAACGACGACGCCAAGUGGCUCGGCGCGAUCUUCUACUGGGCGAACAACGUGCAGGGGUACGGGCUGGAGGCCGAGGCGGCGACCUUUGACGAGUCCCUCCGAAAGUUCGUCGAGUCGGGCUUCUCGAGAUCCGCGUCGGUCGUCGCGGGCGCCGACUUCGCGUCAGGCACGGGCGGCGUGGUCAACAACGGCUACUGGGGGGCCACGCCGGCCGAGAACGCUGGCCGGAUGUCCAACUUUGACUUCAUCAUCUCCGAGUUCCUCGCCGCCGGCAUGACCAUUGAGGAUGCCGGAGGCGCUCUCCCACCACCAGGCGGCGGCGGCGGCGGCGGCGGCGGCGGCGGCGGCGGGACGCCGCCGCGGGUGGUGCAAUACUUCUCCAGCUGGGGCAUCUACCAGUACGGCAACCGCAUCCCCUUCAAGCCCAGCGACCUCCACCUCGACAAGAUCACGCACGUGCACUACGCCUUCUUCGACGUGACGAGCGGCUGCGCCGUCGCGUCGAUGGACCCGUACGCCGACUUUGACGUCGUCUACCCCGAGGUGGGCAUGACCUGGAGCUCGCCGCACAAGGGGAACGUCGGCGCGCUCCGGAUUCUCCGCGACGAGCAGUACCCCGACCUGCACCUCGCCUUCUCGCUCGGCGGCUGGACGAAGAGCAAGUUCUUCUCCGGUUGCGCCGCCGACGCCGACAAGCGCGCCGCGCUCGUCGCCUCCGCCGUCGACCUCCUCACCGAGCACGACUUUGACGGCAUCGACGUCGACUGGGAGUACCCGGCCUGCUGCGGCGAGUCGGACAACCAGGUGGACGGCAACGACUGGGCCAACUACGUGCUGCUGCUGCGCGAGCUGCGCGCGGCGAUGGACGAGCGGUCGCCCUCGAAGCACAAGGAGCUCACCAUCGCCAUGGGGAUGAACCCGCGCGUCUCUGGCGUCGCGCCGCGCGCCGAGCUUGGCGAGGUCCUCGACGCCAUCAACCUCAUGUCGUACGACUACAACGGCGCCUGGCUGCCCUUCGUCGCUCACAACGCGCCGCUCUUUGAGGACCCGGACGGCACCGCCGCCGGCGGUGCGCCCGAGUUCAACAUCGACUGGGGCGUGCAGCUGUGGCUCGAGGACGUCGCGCCGAGCAAGCUUGACUGCCUCGGCGGGAGCGGCCGUCGCCGCCUCGCCGAAUCCGCGCCCGCCCCCUGGAGCAGCAACGCGCGCGCCGCCGUCGCAGCUCCGCUGGCGCUCGCCGCCGUGGCUGGGCUCGCCGUCUACGGCCGGCGCCGCCGGGCGAGCCAGGCGAGCAACCUUGCCGACAUCGAGAGCUGCGCUGAAGAGGCGUGAACGCCGUCAACCUGCCGUCAACUUGCCGUCGACCUCCUCUCCGUGCCACGGGGCGCGAUCUGCGAUCUCUGGCUCGCGCACGCUCAGACUCUCGCUGAGGCUUGCUCUCUCACAGCCCUGUUCCCCGGCUGUCUCCGCCCCCAACUUGUCGCUUUAGUCUUCAUGCGUUGUGCGUAGCGCCUCUGACGCUCGCAGCGCUGAACCUGAUUUUUGUGAUAGACAUCAACUGGUUGAUAUACGUCAGUAGACAGUACUGCAUUAAUGUGUCGAGUACGUUUUCAAUGUCGUACGUUUUAGUCCGCC